GAAAAUGUAUCAUUGAAAAUUCUAAAAAUAGAUAUAAUGGAGAGAGAGAUCCACCUCAAGAUUAUCGCCACAAAACAGAGUAGUUGACUGAUAUCGAUUGUGAGAUUUCAAAGCGAUAACGUGGAGACCCCCUCACCAUUAUAAUAAAUCAUCAUAUCGUCACUUUAGCCACAUCACAUACCAAAAAAAGGCAAAACACUCACGAAAGAAGAAACGGAGAGGAUGAAGCAUUAUGUGCUAGUUCACGGAGGCUGCCACGGUGCGUGGUGUUGGUACAAGGUGAAGCCGAUGCUUGAACAUUCCGGCCACCGUGUCACGGUUUUUGAUCUUACGGCGCAUGGUGUGAACAUGAGCAGAGUAGAAGAUAUUCAGACUUUGGAGGAUUUCGCUAAGCCGUUGCUUGAGGUUCUUGAGUCUUUUGGCUCGGAUGAUAAAGUAGUCCUCGUCGCGCAUAGCCUCGGUGGAAUACCGGCUGCUCUUGCAGCCGACAUGUUUCCUAGUAAAAUCUCUGUUGCUGUCUUCGUUACUUCUUUUAUGCCCGACACAACGAAUCCACCUUCUUACGUGUUCGAAAAGUUUCUCGGAAGCAUUACAGAAGAAGAACGUAUGGACUUCGAGUUAGGGAGCUAUGGAACAGAUGACCAUCCACUAAAGACUGCUUUUCUUGGACCUAACUACUUGAAGAAUAUGUAUCUACUUUCUCCUAUCGAAGAUUAUGAAUUGGCCAAAAUGUUGAUGAGAGUCACACCGGCUAUUACUAGUAAUCUGACGGGGACUAAAAGCUUAACGGCACAAGGAUAUGGAUCGAUUAGUCGUGUGUAUAUCGUAUGCGGAGAAGAUAAAGGUAUACGUGUAGAUUUCCAACGAUGGAUGAUUGAGAACUCUCCGGUUAAAGAAGUGAUGGAGAUCAAAGAUGCAGAUCAUAUGCCUAUGUUUUCCAAGCCUCAUGAACUCUGUGAUCGUCUUCUAAAGAUUGCUGAUAAAUAUCCCUAAGCAAGAAUAUCUAUGACAAUAUCAAUAAUUUUCAUGGGAAUAAGUUUUUUUAUUGUUCUGUUCACAAAAUAUGUGGAAAAAAAAAAAGACAACAAUAGAAUUUACGCACGAGGU